ACCCCAAUAAUUACGCUAGAAAAAAAAAAUGAAAUUAAAGUGCAAGAAACCCAUGACCCCACCCCCACCAUGAUCCCCCACGAACCCCCACCCUCUUUGCUUCAAAAUUCAACUCCCCUAUUCCUCUACACCUUCACUCUCUCUGUAACACAACUCCUGAACCUUUACUAUUAUUAUUAUCAUGAACUCUUUCUUAUAAAAAUAAAAAUAUGUCUGCUAAUUACAAAAAUGGCUCUGUGAAGACCAAAUCAAUCUCAACGUCAUCUUCUUCAUCUUUUUCUUCUGGUUACAAAUCUAAACCGUCGGUGACGUCAUCUCUCCGCCGUAACAGCACCGGUUCCGCCGCUAAUUCCGCUGCCGGACUUCACAAGGAUACUCCUGGAGUUUCUGGGAGAGUUCGAGUGGCUGUAAGGUUAAGACCGCGAAAUAGUGAGGAGCUCUCGACCGAUGCUGAUUUUGCUGAUUGUGUGGAGCUGCAGCCUGAGCUUAAGAGAUUGAAACUCCGAAGGAAUAACUGGGAUUCAGAUACAUUUGAAUUUGACGAAGUUCUUACGGAAUUCGCUUCGCAAAAGCGUGUUUACGAAGUUGUAGCAAAGCCUGUUGUGGAGAGUGUCUUGGAGGGAUAUAAUGGAACAGUUAUGGCAUAUGGACAAACCGGUACCGGAAAAACUUAUACACUUGGAAAACUUGGAGAUGAAGAUACUUCCGCACGUGGAAUCAUGGUUCGUGCAGUGGAAGAUAUAUUUGCUGAAACAGAUUCUAUCUCCGUGUCAUAUAUACAGCUGUACAUGGAGAUGAUCCAAGAUCUUCUUGAUCCAGCUAAUGAUAAUUUAAGUAUAAUGGAAGAUCCAAAAACUGGAGAUAUUACACUCCCUGGUGCUAGUUUGAUAGAGGUUAGGGACCAACAAAGUUUCGUUGAACUGUUACGGUUAGGUGAAGCACAUCGGUUUGCUACUAACACCAAGCUCAAUACCGAAUCUUCUCGUAGUCAUGCCAUUUUAAUGGUGCAUGUUAAGAAGUCUGUGGGUGUUUCUGGUGAAAAUGUUAAUAGCAAGUCUCACAUGAAUAGAACAAUGAAGCCACCGGUUGUACGCAAGGGCAAGCUUAUUGUCGUGGAUCUUGCUGGUUCUGAGCGUAUCGAUAAGUCAGGUAGUGAAGGACAUACCUUAGAGGAAGCUAAAUCGAUAAAUCUUUCAUUAAGCGCACUUGGAAAAUGUAUAAAUGCAUUGGCGGAAAACAGUUCUCAUGUUCCUGUUCGUGAUUCCAAGCUUACAAGAUUGCUUCGAGAUUCGUUUGGAGGCACAGCAAGAACUUCUCUUGUUAUAACCAUUGGUCCAUCUCCUCGUCAUAGAGGAGAGACAUCAAGUACUAUAAUGUUUGGGCAAAGAGCUAUGAAGGUAGAAAAUAUGUUAAAGAUAAAGGAAGAGUUUGAUUACAAAAGUUUAGCCCGAAAGCUUGACGUACAAGUAGAAUCUCUCAUUGCACAACACGAAAGACAGCAGAAAACAUAUCAAGAUGAGAUUGAGAAAAUCUCACUUGAAGCGAAGAAACAAUUAUCUCAAGCUGAAAAAAGCUUUGCGGAUUCUUUGGAGAAGGAAAGAGUGAAAUAUCAAAGAGACUGUAUGGAGUCGAUAAAGAAGCUUGAAGCGCAAUUGGCAGUAAAUAAAAUUAAAGAAGAAAGCCUUCGUAAUAAACCUAAUGAAGAACUCAUCGAACUUAAGAAGUUACUGGAGAAUGAAACACGCUUAAGGAAAACUGCAGAAGAAGAGGUUAAAAAUCUUCAAAAUCAAGUAGUCCAAUGGAAAAGAUCAGAGGUGGCGGGAAACGCUGAAAUCGUAAAGCUUCGCAAGAUGCUGGAAGACGAGGUUCAUCAGAGAGAGAAGCUUGAAGAAGAAAUAUCUGUGUUACAAAAUCAGCUACUGCAGUUAAGCUUUGAUGCCGAUGAGACAAGAAAACAGCUGGAGAGUGGUGAUCAUAGUGCAGAAAUGACGGUAGACAUGGGUUCCCUCAUCUCUCCCGUUAGGCAACCGCAGAUGAAGCAUUCAGGGGAGCAAGAAAAGGGCUCGGUGGCAAAACUAUUUGAGCAAGUUGGAUUGCAAAAGAUUUUAUCACUACUUGAAGCGGAAGACCCUGAUGUGCGAAUCCAUGCUGUGAAAGUUAUUGCAAAUUUGGCGGCUGAAGCAACCAAUCAGGAAAAGAUUGUAGAAGCCGGUGGUCUUACAUCCUUGUUAGACCUUCUUACAAGCUCUGAUGAUGAAAACAUCCAUCGAGUUGCUGCAGGCGCAAUUGCAAACCUAGCAAUGAACGAAACCAACCAGGAGCUUAUAAUGUCUCAAGGGGGUAUCAGUUUGCUCGCAAUGACCGCACAAAAUGCCGAUGAUCCUCAAACUCUUCGGAUGGUGGCUGGAGCCAUUGCUAACCUUUGCGGCAACGACAAACUGCAGCUAGUGUUAAGAGCUGAAGGAGGUAUUAAGGCCUUGUUAAGUAUGGUAAGAUGUAGACAUCCGGACGUUCUUGCUCAAGUGGCACGUGGAAUUGCGAAUUUUGCAAAAUGCGAGUCGAGAGCAUCCACUCAAGGAAUUAAAAGCGGGAAGUCCCUCUUGAUCGAGGACGGUGCACUUGGGUGGAUUGUAAAGAACGCGAACAAUGAAGCCUCACCAAUCAGACGGCAUAUCGAGCUUGCUCUUUGCCACCUGGCACAACAUGAAGUAAAUGCUAAAGACAUGAUAUCCGGGGGUGCGUUAUGGGAGCUUGUUCGAAUCUCACGGGAUUGUUCAAGAGAGGACAUUAGGAUUCUUGCGCGGCGUACAUUGUCUUCAAGUCCUAGUUUUCAGGUCGAGUUAAAACGGUUAAGAUUAAACUCUGGUUGAAGAGAUAGAGGGAGAAACGAGAUUGAGAUUAUUUGAAAACUAAUUUGUGAUUUUUUAGCCAUUUGAUCGUUUUUCGUGAGAAUAGGAGGUUUUCGUUUGGUUGUAGUAGCUAAGGUUGAUGAUGAUGAUGAUGCAUAUUCCUUAUUUUUGGUAAGUUGUAAUUAUGUAAUGUUUUAUUUGAGUUAUAUGAUGAAGCUUGACAGAAACAACUAAACUAUAGUACCAACUUUGACUUAUGUUGUG